UCUAGCGCGAUCGUCGUCGAAGCCAACGAUACUCCGGCCACUCUUUACGUGGUGUCUGCUGAGUCUGUGACAACUGUGAGCGAGUGGAAAGGAUACCCCUGCAAGGACAUCGAUAUGCUGAAGAUUUCCCUACUGAGCGCCGUGCUCGGCAUCGCCUAUGCGGGCGUGAUUGGACCCGGACCAUACUACGGCGGUCCAGCUGGUCCCGGACCGCUGCACCACUAUGGAGGAUAUGCUCCGCAGCACGGACCUCUGCCUGGUCCCUAUGUGGCGCCUAAGCCGGCUGCUCCCGAGCCCUACGAUCCCGACCCGAAGUAUUCCUUUGGUUAUGACAUCCAGGAUGGCUACACUGGGGACCUGAAGUCACAGCAUGAGACGCGCCACGGAGAUGUGGUGAAGGGCAGCUACUCGGUUGUGGAUCCGGAUGGAACCAAACGCACCGUUGACUACACGGCGGAUCCCCAUCACGGAUUCAAUGCGGUGGUCCGCAAGGAGCCGCUGGCCUACAAGGCACCAGCCCACUUGGCACCUGUCGUCGCACCUGCUCCCGCUCCAGUGCCGGCUCAUUACGGCCCAGCUCCGGCUCCUCCACUUCCGCCGGUGCCCAAGGCUCCUCUGCUUUCGUAUCCCCUAGCCUUGGGCCCUUACCACCGGGCUGCUCCUGCACCUGCACAUGGUCCCGCUCCCGCUCCUGCUCCUGAUCCAGCUCCGGUGUCUGUGCCAGUGGCUACUCCAGUCCUGCCCUCAGCCCACUUCCACGCCGCCUACCCCGCCCUGGCCCACAGCCCCUAUGCCCACUAUCCGGCUCCUGGACCAGCCCCCGCUCCAGUGGACCCCCAUGCCUACUACCAUCACUGAGGGAGCAAGGCUCCCAACUAUCUGAUCUGAUUUGAUUUGACUUUAUCUAUCGCACGCAGCUUACACUGACCCAAAACUGAAACUCCGGCUAUAACUGUGCCAAACGCUGUACUCUCAAUCUCUUAUUCUGUGUUCUUCGAGGGAUUUGAUACCGAUCCAAUAUGUAGAUUGAUUCUAA